GGUAUCACCAGCUCCGUGCCGCGUGCGCUACUCUGGGAGCUGCGGCACUGCAGCCAGCACACCACUGUCCUUGUCCCAAAUCCUCGCCUAGCUGGUUCGUGGAAUUCGAGUGGCUAUGACGUCGCCUGAACGCAGGGGCAGCCCCACUGAGUAUAUAACACUGCAAGUCAACUUCAGGGCGAUUCCAGCAACAACAUCUCCUUCCUGUCUAUACCAAGUCUCAGUCAAGCCAAGCAAGAAUACCUUUGACAAAAAUGACGACUCCAACAAGCUUUAAGCCCGACAUGCCCAGCAAGCUCAGGAAGUUGAUGAAUGAGAAGGACUGUAUAAUCUGCCCUGGUGUCUUCGACGGCAUCUCCGCACACGUCGCGAACAGCGCAGGCUUCGACUGCCUCUACCUCGCAGGCAGCGGCGCCUCCGGGUCCGUCAUCGGCGAACCCGACCUCUCCGUCAUCACCGGCACCGAGCUCGCCAACACCGCCCGCAUGAUCACCCAGGUCAGCGAUGUCCCUGUCAUCGCCGACGCGGACACUGGUUUCGGCGGGCCGCUGAACGUUGCGCGGACAAUGCGAUGUAUGAGAGCGCAGGGACUUCCCAAGCGGUGUGGGCAGUUGAACGGCAAAGACGUCGUGGAUAUGGAGACGUACCUCGAGCGGAUUGUGGCUGCGGUGAGAGCGCGCAGGAACCCAGACUUCCUCAUCAUUGCACGAACGGACGCGCGGAACGCGGUACAAUUCGGUGGUGGAGAUGCUGGUGAGGAGGCAUUCGAGGAAGGCGUCAAACGAUUGAAGGCAGCUCUGGAAGCUGGCGCUGACGUUGCAUUCAUGGAGAGCCCACGGACGAUGGAGGAGAGCGGGCGGCUCGUGAAAGCCCUCGCACCGCACCCUGUCAUGAUCAACGUCCUCCCGAACGGCCUCACGGGCAACUACAAGGUGGAAGACUGCAAGCGCCUCGGGUUCAAGCUCGCAAUUUACCCGUGCACGGGCUUCAUCCCGGCUACGAUUGCCAUGGAGAAGUCAUACGCAGCGCUGCGGGACCAGGGCACGGACUUGGACAAUUGCGAGGGCUGGCAGAUCAAGGACUUCUUCGAGCGUGUUGGGUUGAAGCCAUCCUUCGACUUCGAUCGUAGCGUCGCUGAGAAUGUAAGGCAAGACGUGAAACCGAGCAGAUACGAAGAGAUGUCUGGGCAUGACCUGUUCUGA